CACAGGUGAAGGCAGGGGAGGCUGCAAAUUGAAUCCAAUGCUAUCCACAAAGUCUGUCCCUUAGGCCUUUGGCCUGCCGAGCAAGUUAGCCUGCACAGCUAUAAAGCCAAGCCGAACGAUCCAAAUGCCUUGUGAGCAUCCAAACCAUCUCCUUCCUCCCUCUUCCUCUCACCCCCAUUCAAAGCCUAUCUUCUCAUUCUCUCGCAUCCACCUUCUCCCGUCACUGGGAGGGGCGGUCCUGGACUGGGUUUGCUCUGUUUUUCUGCUUCUCCAUGGCUUGCAGACUCGCAGAUUCGAGCUUUCUCUUCAAGGGCCCCUCUCAAAGGCCAGUUCGAAACCAUAAAUUUGCCCCCUUGAAUUCUCUGGGCAUAAAUCAUCUAAAGUGGAAAAGUUGUCUCCAAAGAGGAAUCAAACAUCAACAAUGUUUAGUUCCCAUGAAAAGGACAGGAGUUGUGCAAGCCGUGGCCAUUCCGCUUGCACCCUCUCCAGCAGAGCCAUCUCCGACAGAGCCAUCUCUGGCAGAGAGUGCAGAGUACAGAAAAUAUUUAGCUGAAAGCUAUGGUUUUAAACAAAUAGGGGAGCCACUUCCACAAAAUGUUGCAUUAAAGGAUAUUGUUAACUCCCUUCCGAAGAAGGUGUUCGAGAUUGAUAAUAUGAAAGCUUGGAAGUCAGUUUUAACAUCUGUCACCUCCUAUGCCUUGGGCAUCUUCAUGAUUUCAAAAGCCCCAUGGUAUCUGCUUCCUCUAGCUUGGGCAUGGACAGGGACUGCAGCCACAGGGUUUUUUGUUAUAGGCCAUGAUUGUGCUCAUAAAUCGUUUUCGAGGAACAAAUUAGUGGAAGACAUUGUUGGAACUCUGGCCUUUUUGCCGCUGAUAUAUCCAUACGAGCCUUGGCGUUUUAAACACGAUCAACAUCAUGCGAAAGCAAACAUGUUGCGCGAGGAUACGGCUUGGCAUCCUGUUUGGAAGGAAGAGCUUGAAUCAUCCCCAAUUUUGCGCAAGUUGCUCAUAUAUGGAUAUGGUCCAUUUCGACCUUUGAUGUCUAUAACACAUUGGUUGGGGUGGCACUUCGAUUUGAGCAAGUUCAGACCAAAUGAGGUUAGAAGGGCGAAGAUAAGUUUGGCAUGUGUUUUUGCAUUCAUGGCGAUUGGAUGGCCAUUGCUCAUCUAUAAGACUGGGGUCAUGGGAUGGAUAAAAUUCUGGUUGAUGCCAUGGUUGGGAUAUCACUUUUGGAUGAGCACCUUUACAAUGGUUCAUCAUACAGCACCUCACAUACCUUUCCGAUCUGCGGAUGAGUGGAAUGCAGCCCAAGCCCAGCUUAAUGGGACAGUUCAUUGCAGUUACCCUAGUUGGAUAGAGACACUGUGCCAUGACAUCAAUGUGCACGUACCCCACCAUAUUUCGCCAAGAAUUCCAAGCUAUAACUUGCGGGCUGCUCAUCAAUCUCUUCAAGAGAACUGGGGAAAGUAUAUGAAUGAAGCUACAUGGAAUUGGCGUAUGAUGAAGACAAUAAUGACAGUAUGCCAUGUUUACAGUAAAGAGGAAAAUUAUGUUCCCUUCGACAAACUUGCCCCCAAAGAAUCUCGUCCAAUCACUUUCCUUAGAAAAGUGAUGCCUGAUUACGCAUAAUUCAUUUUGUGGCUCAUGGGGUCCACAGUUUUUGGUUCUUUACAUCUACAUCUUCUCAUUUUAGGUGAAAUUGCGGAUCUACAUUUACAAUAUGUUGCAUGCUCAGACAUGUAUUUGUAACAAUUCUAAAGAGAAAUAUAGAAGAAACUUAUUUUCUUGUGGUUAUGGGACUUUGAUGUGCUGCAAUAAACAGAGUCCAGACCCAGGAGAGUGGGUUGUUCCUUGGAUUAUCAUUUCAUCUACAUAUUGGGGUCUAUCAGAUGGAAUGGGGUGGCAUAGAUGAGGGUUUAUGAUGGGACAUCGUGUUUGUUUUGCUUAACGGAAUGUAAUAAGAAUAGAAUGGAAUGAAAUUUUGAAUGGAUACAGAGAUAAUGUUUAAAUA